GCGGCCUCCGAACGCGAGAGAGCGAGCGAGAGAGACGGAAUAUAAAUCUUGGUGGUCGGCGGCCGCCAGCAUCCAGUGCGGCGGAAGAUGUUGAAGUAGGCUGACCUCAGGCAUGGCCGACGAGGAACGCGACCAGCAGCCGCCGCAGAACAACGGCUUCCUGCCCCCAGCGGCGGCCGCCCCCGCCGCCUCCGACGAGGCGCUCGCGCCAACCGAGCUGCUGCUCCUGCGGCAGGCCGAGGGCCCCACCGAGGUGGUGGUCGCCCCGCCGGCCCGCCAGCCGCCCCCGGGCCCCCGCAGACGCCACCCCCUGUGCGUGGCGGCGGCCGCCGCCGUCGGGGGCGGCCUGCUCACGCUCGCCGUCACCCUGCUGCUGCUGAGGCCGUCCGCCCCCAACGACGCCGCCGCCGCCGCCGGUGGAGCCAACGUCUGCCUGAGCGAGGAGUGUGUAAGGACAGCUGCUUCUCUGCUGUCAGCGAUCGACGCAACAGCCGAUCCGUGUCAAAAUUUCUUUCAGUACGCGUGCGGAUCGUGGAACAAAAAACACAUCAUCCCCGAAGAUCGGAGCUCCAUCAGCACCUUUGAAGUCAUGGCAGAUCAGCUGCAGGUCAUUUUAAAAGGCGUUUUGGAAGAACCAUUUGAUGAGCAUGACAACGAUGCCACUAAGAAAGCCAAAUUAUUUUACAAAUCGUGCAUGGACAUCGCGAAAAUCAGAGUACUGGGCGACAAGCCACUGCGACGGGCGUUGACCAGCUUUGGCGGAUGGCCAGUGGCCACGGACAACUGGCAGCCGCCGUCCUACUCCAUCGAGAUAAUGCUGGGCCGGCUGCGGGGCGAAUACAAUGAAAGGGUGCUGGUUGAGCAGUGGGUCGGCCCUGACGACAAGAAUUCGUCAGUGAACAUCCUGCAGCUGGAUCAAAUGGACCUGGCUCUGCCUGGGCGCGAUUACUACUUGAAAAAGAACUCGGAGAAUGAAAUUCGCGCCUACCAUAAAUACAUGAUUGAAGUAGCUCUGUUGCUGGGAGCGAAGCAGAAAACUGCGUUUGAAGAGCUUAAACAAGUCCUGGAGCUGGAGAGGCGGUUUGCUAAUGCGUCGCUCCCUGAGGCGGACAGGCACGACACGAGCAGCAUUUACCGCAAAUUGACGCUGCGGCAGCUGCAGGCCGAGGUGCCGCAGAUCAACUGGCUCGAGUACCUGAACGCCUUCCUGCACACCAAGGUGGAUGCUGAUGAGCCGGUGGUGAGCUACGCGAUGCCCUACUUCAAGGAGAUGGGCCGCAUUCUGCAGGAAACAGACCGCCGCGUCGUGCACAACUACGUCCUAUGGCGUCUCGUGAUGAAUAUCAUGCCGCACAUGAUCGACGACUACCAGCAGAAAAGGGUAGAGUUCCGCAAAAUUCUCCUCGGCAUCCUGGCAGAGAGGAACAGGUGGAGUCAGUGCGUCGACUGGACCAAUAAGAAGAUGGGCAUGGCCGUCGGUGCGCUCUUCAUCAGGGACAACUUCAAUCUCGAAAGCAAGGAGACGGCUCUGGAGAUGAUCCACACGAUCAGAGAAGCAUUUAACGAGCUGCUAGCCGAGAACGACUGGAUGGAUAACGAAACGCGAGCCGUGGCCAAAGAAAAGGCGGACCAGAUGAACGAGCGGAUAGGUUACCCUGAACUGCUCACCGACCCCAAGGAGCUCAGUAAUGAGUACAUCAUGCUCAACAUCUCCGAGAACGAGUUCCUAGAGAACAUCUUCAACGUGCUGCGCUACGAUGCCUACCAUAAUCUGCAAAAAUUGCGGCAGCCGGUGAACAAGGACAAGUGGUCCACCGAUCCUGCCGUAGUCAACGCGUUCUACAAUCCCAACAAGAACGACAUAGUUUUCCCGGCAGGCAUCUUGCAACCGCUUUUCUACAGCCAGCAUUUCCCGAAAUCUCUGAACUAUGGCGGCAUAGGAGUAGUCAUAGGCCACGAAAUCACACAUGGAUUCGACGACAAGGGUCGGCAGUUUGACAAAGACGGAAAUCUAAUGCAGUGGUGGAACAACGCGACCAUCGAAGCCUUCCGGAAGCGCGCCAAAUGCAUCAUAGAUCAGUAUUCAAAGUACAAGUUGGAGGACGUCGAUUUGUUUGUCAACGGCAGGAUGACACAAGGCGAGAACAUUGCUGACAAUGGCGGUCUCAAGCAAUCUUACAGGGCAUACAAAAAAUGGGUGGCGCGUCACGGAGAGGAGCCGCGCCUGCCGGGCAUCUCGCUGACGCACGACCAGCUCUUCUUCCUCAAUUACGCGCAAAUCUGGUGCGGAUCGAUGCGCCCCGAGGACGCCCUAACCAAGAUCCGCUCUUCGGUGCACUCGCCAGGGCCGAUCAGGGUUAUGGGGCCGCUGUCCAACUCCAAGGACUUCUCCAAGGCUUUCAACUGCCCGCUCGGAUCGCCAAUGAACCCGGUAAGGAAGUGUUCUGUCUGGUAAGAGGAAAGCAGGUGCCACCGCGCCACCUUCGAACACGCACAAAAUCUUUCUUUUUCUCCCUUUUUCCGUCUGAAAACAUCAGGAACCGUAAUAUAAGGUAACACGCUGAGAGAGAAAAGGAGUGGCACUUUUAGAUAACACAAAUAUACUGUUUUCAGUUGAUAUUUUAUACACAGGUCCCAUAUAUUUAAUACACAAUUCAGUAUUAAAAGAAAGUACUUAAACAAGGUUCUUUUUACUAAAAUAAAUGUUGUUAUUUAUGCCCAAACAUGCAUAUUCCUAUAGUUAUAUAAAUUUUCUGACUCGACUUAUAAGAAGCGCGAAUUCUAUACUACACAACAAAAAAGUAUUUGUAAUUUUCAUCUUUUCAUCACGCUACUCGUUGAUAUGAAGCUUUAAUUGUGAAUAAUCAAACACAAUUUUUGAACUAUAUAUGACUUACAAUGAUAGUUUAUUGCAUUAAAGCAUAAUAUUACACGCACAAACAAAACACACAUAUAGUAUGGUAGUCGCAAAUGCGCGUAAAUAUAUAUGUAUUGUAUAACUUUGAGUGUUAACAACUCUUUUUUGUGUUGGUACUCACUCUCUGCUGGCGAACUAAUAAACUUAUUCUCUACACCUUUGACACAUAUUCUAAUAAUCAAAAUAAUUACGCUGAUAAAAUUUAACUGAUAUUUCCCUAUCUCGAUCUACAAGCUAUUACCUGCGUUGCUUUAUAUUGUAAAUACAUAAAGUUGAGUUGACUCGCAAUUAUUCUUAAGCAAUUUUAAAAAUCUGUGAGAAACACGUACAAUUAAACAAUAACCACUACACAAA